GGGAGCGGAGCAGAUGAGCAUUUGCUCCAAAAUUUGGCGCUGAUUGUCAAUUAAACUUCAUGUGCAGUAUUUGCAGCCGGUUUCAAAGUCAUGGUUCGGAAAGGUGUUUGCUGCUGCUGCGCUGCUUUGCGUCCUCGCUACAAACGGCUUGUGGAUAACAUCUUCCCUGAAGACCCGAAAGAUGGCCUUGUUAAAGCUGAUAUGGAGAAGCUGACUUUCUAUGCUGUUUCUGCACCUGAGAAGCUAGAUCGAAUUGGUGCUUACCUAGCAGAGCGACUGAGCCGGGAUGUUGUCAGACACCGCUAUGGAUAUGUUUUAAUUGCCAUGGAGGCCCUGGACCAGCUCUUGAUGGCUUGCCAUUCUCAGAGCAUUAAGCCGUUUGUUGAAAGUUUCCUUCAUAUGGUUGCUAAGCUGCUGGAGUCCGGAGAGCCAAAACUGCAAGUUCUGGGAACCAACUCAUUUGUUAAAUUUGCGAACAUUGAAGAAGAUACACCUUCGUACCACAGGCGCUACGACUUCUUUGUUUCUCGAUUCAGUGCCAUGUGUCAUUCCUACCACGAGGAUCCCAAAGUACAAACCGAGAUCCGAAUUGCUGGCAUCCGGGGCAUCCAAGGAGUGGUCCGAAAGACCGUUAAUGAUGAGCUGCAAGCAAUCAUAUGGGAGCCUCAGCAUAUGGACAAGAUAGUCCCCUCCCUGCUGUUUAAUAUGCACAAGAUUGAAGAUGUUGACAGUCGAAUCUGCCCCCCGUCGUCACCCUCUGGAGGAGAAAAAGAGGAGAAUCCAUCUGUGCUGGCUGAGAACUGUUUCAGAGAACUGCUGGGUCGAGCGACUUAUGGCAACAUGAACCAUGCCGUCCGGCCAGUUUUUGCACAUUUAGACCAUCACAGACUCUGGGAUCCCAAUGAAUUUGCUGUCUCCAUUUUCAAAAUCAUCAUGUAUUCUAUACAGGCACAAUAUUCUCAUCAUGUGAUACAGGAAAUUCUGGCCCAUCUUGAUGCUCGCAAAAGAGAUUUCCCCCGAGUCCGAGCAGGUAUCAUCCAGGCCCUUUUGCAAGCAGUCGCCAUUGCCGCAAAGGGUUCUAUAGGCCCAACGGUCUUAGAGGUGUUUAACACAUUACUCAAGCAUCUACGUUUCAGUGUCGACUUUGAACUGAGUGACAGACGUAGCUCAGUCAGUAGUGCCAGCUUCAACGCAAGCACCAAGGAGAACGACGAGAAGAUUGUCCAGAAUUCUAUCAUUCAAACGAUCGGAUUCUUUGGAAGCAACCUGCCAGAUUACCAUCGGUCUGAGAUUAUGAUGUUCAUUAUGGGGAAAGUACCAGUUUUGGGGGCAACUUCACAUACGCUGGACACCAGCCAGUUUGGGAAUUUGGGAACAAGGCGAAUUCAGAUUAUGUUGCUGAGAUCAUUACUGAUGGUGACUACAGGAUACAGUGCCAAGACCAUUGCAGCUGCUCUGCCUGCUCCCUUUCUGGAUCCUUUGCUGUCUCCUUCACUCAUGGAUGACUCCGAACUAAGGCAGCUGGUCCUGGAAAUACUGCAUAACCUUAUUGAUCGGCAUGACAACAGAGCAAAGCUCAGAGGGAUACGAAUAAUACCUGAUGUUUCAGAUCUAAAGAUAAAACGAGACAAAAUUUCAAGGCAAGAUGUGAACUUCAUCAAGAAGCAUGGGCAGCAACUGUACAGGCACGUCUACUUAGGCUGCAAGGAGGAAGACAACAUUCAAAAGAACUUUGAGCUGCUCUACACGACUCUGGCUCUCAUCACGAUUGAACUGGCCAAUGAAGAAGUGGUCAUUGACCUCAUCAGAGUGGCUGUUGCCUUGCAGGACAUUGCGAUCAUUAAUGAAGACAACUUGCCCAUGCUCCAUCGCUGUAGCGUGAUGGCAGUGGUAGCCGCCUACCUGAACUUCUUAAGCCAAAUGAUUGCUGUUCCUGCCUUUUGCCAGCAUGUUACUAAGGUCAUUGAAACCAGAAAUGUAGAAGCACCCUACUUUUUACCCGAAACCAUUUUCAGAGAGAAGUGCAACCUACCCAAGUCCCUAGAGAAGGAUGAAACAAACUUGUUUUUCCUGACCAACCAGAUGGCAGAAUCACUGGGCGGCAGUGGCUACUCUGUGGAGAGACUGUCGGUGCCGUAUGUACCUCUCGUGACAGAUGAAGACAGGCUGUCCAGGAGGAAGAGUAUUGUGGACACCUUAUCUAUUCAGGUAGACAUUCUGCCUGGUUGCAGUCUGGAAGAAAAGGUGAAUAGCACCGAGGAGAUCACCUUUGAAACCCUGAAGCAGGCAAUAGACAACAACGGGCUUGAAGAACAAGAAAAGGAAAAGAGGCGGCUUGUGAUUGAGAAAUUCCAGAAGGCUCCUUUUGAAGAAAUUGCUGCGCAGUGUGAAACGAAAGCCAACUUGCUGCAUGACAGGCUGACACAGAUAUUGGAGCGCACAGUUCGACCUCCUCCUAGCCCUUCUGGAACGAUGGCCAUCACCACUGGACGUGCUCAUUACCAGUCUAUCCCAGUCUACGAGAUGAAGUUUCCAGAUCUUUGUGUGUAUUGAGUCUCCUUUGAAUUCAUCAAUAAGACAGCUUUUCAGCAUCCCAGAUAAUUACUCCAUCUAA